ACAGGAUCUGUAACAGUAACAUGAGAGAGAGAGGGCUUCUGCUAUCAAAUAUCUGGAGUCUUACCAAGGGGCUGAACUAGGCCUCUGGAGACCACAAGCCAGCAGCUGCAUCCAGCAUGUGACUCGUGACAUCCUGCUUCUCUCCGCCAUCUCCCGAUGCCUUCCCUCGGCCUUGCAGUAGGUGACCAAGGGAGAACCAGACAGCAGUGCUCCCUUGUUCUGUUGCUCAAGUGCUGCCGGGUCGGGGUGGGGUGGGGUGGACCGGCUUCCUUAUGCCUCUCCCAAUGGAAUACAAAUCCUACCCGAGAGACCACCACACCAUGGACAGCCUGGAGAGGCAGCUCAUCUGUCCCAUUUGCUUGGAGGUGUUCACCAAGCCGGUGGUGAUUCUACCCUGCCAACACAACCUGUGCCGGAAGUGUGCCAAUGACAUCUUUCAGUCUCGUGGGACAACCCUGGGGUCGGCAGGCAGGUUUCGCUGCCCGUCCUGUCGCCAUGAAGUGGUCCUGGACCGACACGGUGUCUACGGCCUGCAGAGGAACCUGCUCGUUGAGAAUAUCAUUGACAUUUACAAACAGGAGUCGGCCAGAUGCCCUAACAGCUCCAGGCCCCUGCUAAAAACAGAGCAGCCACGGUGCGAGGAGCAUGAGGAGGAGCGGAUCAACAUCUACUGUGUGACGUGCCGGGUUCCCACCUGCUCCCUGUGCAAGGUCUUUGGGGAGCACAAGGACUGCGAGGUUGCACCCCUGUCCGACAUCUACAUGCAGCAGAAGACUGAGCUGACGGAUGGGAUCGGAGCCCUUGUUGCCGCCAACGAUGGGAUCCAAGCCUUCAUCGGUCGCUUGCAAGGCACCUGCAAGAACAUAGAGGACAACUGCAAAGCUCAGAAGCAGGCUCUGUGCGAGAAGUUUGACCGCAUGUAUGCCAUCCUGGAGGAGCGCAGGAAGAUCAUGCUGCAGCGCAUCACCUAUGAGCAGGAAGAGAAGACCCAGCACGUGAAGUCACUUGCCAGGCUGUAUGGGGACCAUGUUGAGUCUGCCUCCAAGCUGGUGGACACUGCGCUGCAGUCCAUGGAAGAGCCACAGAUGGCUGUCUUUGUGCAGAACGCCCGUGUCCUUAUCCAGAAGAUUUCAGAGAUGACCAAGAGCUGUCAGGUGGAGGAGAUGGAGUCCGGCUAUGACAACAUGGAGCACUACGCAGUGGACUUCAAUGCAGAGGAGCGGGUGCUCUACCAUUUGGACUUCAUGAGAGUGGAAGAGGAGCCUGGAGAAGAGGGAGAGGAAGAUGCUGAAGGGACAGCAGCAGAGUCUGCGAGGGCCGAAGGGACAGCGUCACAGGGCGAGGGCCAAGAUAAUGCCAUCCCGAAUGGCAAGGAAGAGGAGGAGGAAGGGAAAGCCUUGAUGAUGAAGGAGGCUGAGUGUGAUGCUGCGGGGGAAGCUGAUGGCAUGGCCACACCUCUGGGUUUAGCUCAGUUUGGAUCAGUUGCCCAGACUGGCAAGGAGGCAGCUGAGGGAGACGCUGGGCCUGGCCAGCAGAAAGAUGCGGCUGCUCUGGAUGGAGAGCUGAAUGUUGCUGUCCCCGAUGCGCCAGGAUUCCUGGGCCAUCUUGCUCCCCCCAGCCAUGCAAAGGGAUCUGCCCUCGAAACUCCGUCCCUGGGGAACGCUGAGACAGAGGAAGCUGCUGGCUUCAGCCUUGCUGAGGCAAUCACUUCAGACAGCUCAGUAGGGAGCAAGAGUGAUGAUCUAGGCAAGAGCUGUGUCGCUGGGGCUGCCCCAGGAGAAAGGCCUGGAGCAGAGAAGGAAACGGCAUCUGCUCCCUGCCAGGACCCGAUGGGUAUAGACCGGAAGAGCGAAGAACCCAGUGAACCACCCCUUCAGAGCAGUCCUGCUCUCUCCCUAUGGCUUUACGAUUAAAGGGAGGUGGGUGCAGACCACCUUCCUCUCCCCGAGUGACCCACUCCUCUCUGCCCCGGCACCUACCCCUCCAAUAUGACUUGGAUCUGCUCAGCUCAGGGGCGAGGAAACCAGACACCGGAUCACUUGGUGAAACACGGAGGCCCCCAGUCGUAUACAUCAGCCUGAUAUGCAGAGGCGAUGAACCUGUGUGAGGCCCGUUGGAGGCUGACGGUACUUGGUACCUCUGAAAACCAGGCCUUCUUAUUCGACUUGGCGUUGAAAUCCUCCGGGCUGCUUUGUCCAGGAGGUCAGACUAGAUCCUCCCAACAGCCCCUUCUGGCCUUAAAAAGAAAAUGCUCUCUGACACCUGUGUUUUUUACCCAGAACAGCUGGGAUCGUGUGCAGAAAUGCAGAUUCUCAACAGAUGUGUAAUAAAAGGCCAAAUACAACCCUUC